UUCUUCACAAGAAUGGGGAAAUGCAGUAGUGGUUGGUGUAGUGCGAACAAGCGCUGUGAGUGUAUUGGCUGUAGCAGGGGGAACUGGCCAUCUGUAUGUCUGCCAUGCUCCAAACACUGUGUUCACUACCUUGAUCAGUGUGCUUGCAAAAUAUCAGCUGUCAGUGCUGCUCAAACUAAACUGUGGAGGAGUUGCUGUACUGUGUCCAUGGGCAGGGGGAGUUGGUUGUCUUGCUGUUAUAUCUGCAUCAGGUCUGGCGACACCCCACUACAUAGCCAAGCAGCUUCUCAGGAAACCCGGAUUACUGACUGGCUUAUUGUUGCUCAGACGUAGAAAGUCUGAGAA